UGAAAAUCUACAACAACAAUCAUUGUGAAGUAAAAGAAGAAAAUUAUUGAGUGUAAAGAAUAUUUUAAAGCUCUCAGUUCCAUCCAGUAUUUCCCAUAGUAAGCGCCACAUCACAUCACAAAAGUGGUGUCUGCAUUUAAUACAAUUCAAUUCACUUUAAAUUUUGUAUUAUUUGAUUGCUUAAUUGGCAAAAACUUAAGUUCCUUAAAAGAAAGUUAAUUAAAAUCGAUUGAAAAUGAGUGACACAAAGGUUCCAGCUCCAGUAGCUCCAAAGAAAAAGCCUGCAUAUCUCCAAUAUCUCUUCGGAGGAAGUGCCGGCAUGGGCGCAACAUGUUUUGUGCAGCCACUCGAUUUGGUCAAGACACGAUUACAGAUUUCAGGUCAAGGUGGAACUGCUAAGGAAUAUACUGGAAUGUUUGAUGCAUUUACAAAGAUCGCAAAACGUGAAGGCGUUCGAGCAUUAUACAAAGGUUUAUCAGCUGGUCUCUUACGUCAAGCAACAUACACAACAACACGUCUUGGCACAUAUACCUUUUUGAAUGACACAUACAAAAGAGAGACAGGAAAGCAAGCAAAUCUUUUUGUUUCUAUGGGACUUGGUGUGGCUGCUGGUGUAACUGGAUCAUUUGUAGGAAAUCCAGCUGAAAUUUCACUCAUUCGUAUGACAGCUGAUGGAAAAUUGCCACUUGAUCAACGACGAAAUUAUUCAUCAGUAAUUAAUGCUAUUUCACGUAUGGUCCGUGAAGAAGGUGUCUUGACAUUAUGGCGUGGAUGUAUUCCAACUAUGGGACGUGCUGCUGUCGUUAAUGCAGCUCAAUUAUCAUCAUAUAGUCAGGCUAAGCGUAUUCUCGUUAAUAACGGCAUGCAUGAAGGCAUUAUGCUUCACUUUGUUGCCAGUAUGAUUAGUGGAUUGGUCACAACAAUUGCUUCCAUGCCUGUUGAUAUCGCCAAGACUAGAAUACAGAACAUGAAGAUCGGACCAGAUGGAAAGGGAGAAUACAAGGGAGCAAUUGAUGUCCUCGCCAAGGUUUGUCGUCAAGAAGGUGUAUUUGCACUUUGGAAAGGAUUCUGGCCAUAUUACUUCCGUUUAGGUCCACAUACUGUGAUCACAUUUAUCUUUAUGGAACAGAUGAACGAAUUGUAUAAUCGUACGACGGGAACGGGAGGAAGCAGCUUUUAAAAUUUUUAUUGUAUUUGUGUAAAAAAACAUCGCCGAUCGAUAGUGAAAUUGUUCAUUCUUUUUGUAGGUAACACAAUGACAAUAACCAUACAUUAUUCACAAACACAAAGCAAUUAAGUUUCUAUUUGAAGUGUACUUUAUUUUUGGCAACAAGCUAGACACAAUAAUUUUGUAGAUCAAUGUUAAUUUAAUCCUGUUGGAUUAAAGCUUUAAUCUGGUGGAUUUAUUUUAAAUCCAACUCGUAGGUAUUAGUGGAUUAGAUUUACUUCCUAAAUUGAUGACUAAAUCCAUCUCAUUGACUCACAUUCGAUGUGAAUUCUUUAAAAAUUCGGAACAAGCAUUUCCAUCAAAGGAAAGAUUUUUUUAAAUUAUUUAUUUUGUUAUGCUUAUUAUUUCCUAUGUAAGAUUCUAGCUGAAUUCUAUAAUAAAAAUUUACUAUUUACAGCAUAUCUAUGAUAUAUAUAUAUAUAUCCCUGCC